GGGUUGUUUCGUUCGUGUUUUAAGCGUUUUGAAGCAAGAUGAAGGUUGAAGAAGUAAAAAGUACGGUGAAAACCCAAAGGAUAAGUGCCCACAGUCACAUUAAGGGCUUGGGUUUGGACGAACGCGGCUUCGCGAUACAAUUCGCAGCGGGUUUGGUUGGACAGGAGCAAGUUAGGGAGGCCGCUGGUAUCGUCGUGGACAUGAUUAAAAGCAAGAAAAUGGCAGGAAGGGCUAUUUUGUUGGCUGGACCGCCUGGAACAGGCAAAACCGCUGUGGCUCUGGCAAUCGCCCAGGAAUUGGGCAACAAGGUGCCAUUCUGCCCGAUGGUGGGCUCAGAAGUGUUCAGCUCCGAAAUCAAAAAGACCGAAGUUUUAAUGGAGAACUUUCGGAGAGCCAUCGGGUUAAGAAUCAGGGAAACAAAGGAAGUCUAUGAAGGUGAAGUGAGCGAGUUGACCCCUGUCGAAACAGAGAAUCCUGCUGGAGGUUAUGGUAAAACAGUGAGUCAUGUUAUAAUCGGUUUAAGAACUGCAAAGGGCAGUAAACAGUUGAAGUUGGAUCCCAGCAUCUACGAGGCUCUUCAGAAGGAGAAAGUUGAGGUUGGAGAUGUAAUUUAUAUUGAAGCAAACAGUGGGGCUGUUAAACGACAAGGUAGAUCUGAUGCAUAUGCAACUGAAUUCGAUUUGGAGGCAGAAGAAUAUGUUCCAUUACCCAAAGGAGAUGUACAUAAAAAGAAAGAAGUUGUGCAGGACGUAACUUUGCACGAUUUAGACGCAGCAAACGCAAAACCACAAGGGGGGCAGGACGUGUUAUCGAUGAUGGGGCAAUUAUUGAAGCCCAAAAAAACGGAAAUCACCGAUAAACUGCGUAAGGAAAUCAACAAAAUUGUCGACAAAUACAUCGACCAGGGGAUCGCGGAGCUGGUUCCGGGCGUUUUGUUCAUCGACGAGGUUCACAUGCUCGACAUUGAAACCUUCACGUACCUGCACAGAGCUCUGGAAAGCACUAUAGCCCCCAUAGUGAUUUUCGCUACCAAUCGCGGCCGGUGCGUGAUCAGGGGCACGGACGACAUUUACUCCCCCCACGGCAUUCCCCUGGAUCUCCUCGACCGGCUGCUCAUCAUCAGAACGAAGCCGUACCAGAGGCAGGAGAUGGAGCAGAUCCUGAAGCUGCGCGCCAGCACCGAGGGGCUCGAGAUCGAAGCUGAAGCUCUCUCGAUUCUCGGGGAGGUUGGCGUUAAGGCCACUUUGAGAUUUGCCGUUCAACUUUUGACGCCCGCUUUCCUCACCGCCAAAAUUAACGGCAGAGCGAACAUCACAAAAGCGGAUGUUGAGGAAGUCAGCACUUUGUUCUUGGACGCCAAAGCGUCCGCUGUUAUUUUAAGCGAAAAUCAAUCCAAAUUUAUGAAGUAAUUUAGUUUAAGGUGUUUUAUAAAAAAAUAAAUAAAAAUGUUCAUUAA